AUGGCAUCGAUAUUAGGGAAUUACGGCACAUUCGACCAGAGAACGAACUAUGUCCUCGUCGAUGAAAUCGGCGAAAACUGCAACCUCUUCCUCGCCCGCCCUCUAAUUGGGCCUCUGGUAUUCGAAAACACAGCUUCAGAUGCUAGAGAUCAUUGCGCCAACGAGCGCAACUUCCUCUCAUGGCUCCGAUUGUCAUCAUACCUCGCCAUCGUUUCCGUUGCCAUAAUGACGACCUUCCAUUUUACAUCCGAACCGACAGAACUUGAGAAGAGGAUUGCAUUCCCGCUAGGGUUGGUAUUCUGGCUACUCGCAAUAUUGAGUCUUGCCUGCGGUGUGGGAAACUACUUGAAAACGGUGAAGCAAUAUAGUAGGAAGGUAGCGCUGGUGCAGUCUGGAUGGAAGACACAGUUGCUCGGAGCGGUUGUCGCAGGCACAGUAAUCUGCUGCUGUGUACUCUUCCUAGUGAACAAUGCCCUCAACGAUCACGAAUAG